CGUAAUACUUUAAACAACAAAAAAAACUUUACAGUGGAGAAACUUGACAGACACUCCAAGUGAUCAAAGUUAACGUCACCUGUAAUAAUAAGCCUGUUGACAUAAUAUGCUCUCUGAUGUAAUGCACCAAGGUGAACACAGCAUCACUUCUGUGGCAUUCCUGCCAGAUAUGUAUUAAUCAUGAGAAAACAUCAAACCCAAACUGAAGGACAUUCUACAGAAUAGCCAAUACACUUAACAAGGUUAUGAGAGAUGAAGAAACAAGAAAUAUCCCAGGUCAAAGGAGAUUAAGGGGAAAUAACAAUGCAGUAUGUGACCCUGGAUUUGAUCCUGAACCAGAAAAAGGUUUUCUGGAAGAGCUAAAGAUGGCUGAAUUUCUAGAUGACCAGGACACUCAACUGUGUGACAACUGCAAAAGGGAAAUUCCUUUGUGUAACUUUACCAUCCAUGAGAUCCAUUGUCAAAGGAACAUUGGUGUGUGCCCUAUCUGCAAGGAACCAUUUCCCAAAUCUGGCAUGGAGACUCACAUGGCUACAGAACACUGUCAGGUAACCUGCAAAUGUAACAAGAAGUUGGAGAAGAGGCAGUUACAGAAUCAUGAGGAGACUGAGUGUCCUCUGCGGCUUGCCCUUUGCCAGCACUGUGAUUUGGAACUUUCUGUUCUUAAACUGAAGGACCAUGAAGAUUACUGUGGUGCCCGGACAGAGCUAUGUGGCAAUUGUGGGCGUAAUGUCCUGGUGAAAGAUCUGAAGACUCACCCAGAAGUUUGUAGGAGAGAUGGGGAGAAAAAGAGAGAUGAGGCUGCCGUGCCUCCUAAUGCAUAUGAUGUGUCUUGGGGUCAAGAUGGAAUAUGGAUUGCAUCACAGCUCCUCAGACAAAUUGAGUCUCUGGAUCCACCCAUGAGGCUACCUCGACGGCCCCUGAGAGCCUCAGAAUCGGAACUUUCCCAUAGUAGGACUACCAACCAAAGGAACAUGACAACCCAGUUUCCAAUUCAGAAUAAUCUAUUGGAAGAACAAGAAAGGCAAGAAAGGAAUAGAAGCCAACAGUCCCCUAUAGAGGGUGGUGAAGACAGUUCAAACUUGGACUUCAUGUUGGCCCUAAGUCUGCAAAAUGAAGGCCAGGCCCCCAAAUUGGCAGAGCAGGACUUCUGGAGGGCUGUGUGUGAGGCAGAGCAGUCCCUUGGAGGUCCCAAUGCUCUGAAUGACAUAAAGGGUGCAGCUGAUGAGACCAUGUUGCCUUGUGAAUUCUGUGAGGAGCUCUACCCAGAGGAAUUGCUGAUCGACCAUCAGACAAGCUGUAACCCUUCCAGUGCCUUACCUUCAUUUAACAUGGGUAGCACUUCCCUCAAAGAGGUGGAGGAGGACCCUGAUGUCAUCUUCCAGAGGUUUCUGCAGCAGGCUACAAGUAACCAGUUCAACUCUUUGAUGGGCCUGAGCAAUGCACCCUCUGUGGAGGGCGGUAUCAUCAUCCCAUGUGAAUUCUGUGGGGUCCAGCUGGAAGAGGAGGUGCUGUUCCAUCACCAGGACCAGUGUGACCAACGCCCAGCCACAGCAAACAACCAUGUGAUGGAGGAGAUUCCUAGACAGGAUUUCCAGUCUCGAGAGACCUCACCAGAGCUGCCCAAGAGGCGUGUCAGACACCAGGGAGACCUGUCUUCUGGUUACAUGGAUGAUAUUAAGCAGGAAACCGCUAAAGUGCCCACCUACCCUCUUCCCCCUAGCAGACCCAUUAACAAUAUGAUGGCUACCUGUAACCGUGUGUCAACAUCCACAUCAAGCCCUAAAUCUAGUUCCCAGCCCAGCGUAAUGAAGCUCAACAACUUAGACAGCCAGGACAUUCGGGGGCGGAAUCGAAACAGCCAUAAUGGGCCCAUGGCUGCUGGGCACGUUCCAGUGAUUCGCUCUGUUCGAAAUCUCUACCCAGAAAACCUUGCGCCCUCUUUCUCCCGUGGGCCUUCAGGGAGACAUGGGCCAAGUGGUAGGAGUGAAGGUGGCAGGAACUCAAGGGUCACCGCCACAACUGCCAGCUUUCGCAACAGGACUGCAAAGGUAAUGGGGGAUCCAGCCCCGAAAUGCUCAGUGAGGACUCAGGAGCUGGGGGUGUGGUAUGUAUGGUUCUUGAAGUCAGAGAAGGAGCUGGGCAACAGGCCGCUUGUGGCUGAAGGGUUGUUCGUUUACCUUUUGAUGAAGAGGUUUCUAUGGAAGCUUGACUUUUCAGAGCUCAGAGCUCUGAAGGUAUACUGCCUGAAUUUUCACUUUCUAUGUGGGCUUUUGUUUGUGUUUUCAAUAGGCAAAACCCCCCAAGCAACAGGGAGCUGGUGAUGCCGAGGAAGAAGAGGAGGAGUAAUGGUGUCUGCGAGAACCUGCACAGGGUUCCAUUUCUCUGCGCAGCCGCAGUGCAGGCCCUGCCUCUCGGGCUCUGUGGGCAGGGGAGAUUUUAGAUUUAACUUUUUUUAAGAUACAACCAUUUUGUGUCUUUUGAGAUUGUGAUGUGGGAGUUUGGGGGUUGGAGGGAGGGCUAGCAGGGAAGCUGUUAAGAAAUUUGUUUCAGCUUUAGCUGCUGCCUUUCGGCAGCACAAAUACAACUUAUGGCCUCUCAGCCCACCAGGGCUCCUCUUUUGACAUACUGUCACCACUGUUUCUUGGUGCUGUGUGGUCCUGGUGGAGAGAGGAGAGGGUGUGGAAACCUGGUAUUCACCAGUAAAGUGAUUCUUUUUCCUGCAGGGACCUAAGUUUGGGAACUUUUGGGUAACCUCGUGUGUGCUGCCGCUCCCCACUCUAGAAUUGAGACUCUGGUUUAUGUGUGGAGCAGCUCUGAGAAGGUGUUCAGGUCAGUUGCAAUAUAUGUUAGGAACAGGCUUUUGGAGAUGAGUUGAACUAGAAAGGACUCGGGCUUUGUUUUAAUCUGCUUCUUUGGCAUUUGGCAUCACUGCCUUCUGUUUCGGUGGGGAAACGGCUCCUUUGUCUUGACUGCCUUCUGAUGGAGACAGUGAGGGACUCCCUGUCCCUGCCAGGGCCUUGCUGGGCUCUGCCUGACUGGGACUGAGGCCUAAGCUCUGUGACUUAACUAUAAACCAAGUAUCAGAGCCCCCUCUCCCUCUUUUUAUUUUAUUAUUAUUAUAAUUAUUAACAUCCUUGUAAUAGAAAUAAAGUUUGUACUUGAAGUUUA